CUGGAUGACGUCUUUUGGCUCCAACACUGCUGAACCAUAAAAAGGCCCAGGAGAAGAGAAGAUUAGAUGACUCCCCUCUGCACAAGCCAGAAGAUGCCUUGGUUCCCCUCCAACUUCUACAAAGCUGCUGGGAUGCAGACGUCUAACAGGAAGGUCCUGGUACUGGUGGUGAUGUUGCUGCUGUCUCAGCUGGCCUGUGAAGCUCACAGCAUAUCUGAGUGCUGCAGACAGCCGGCUCGCUCCUGUCGCCUCCAUAUGUUGCUGUGUCGCCCCGGCACCAAUAACUUUGGGGGACCUCUCACAGGAGAUGCUUCUGCUGGUAUCCUCACUCUUGGUAAACGGAGAGAGGAUGGAGAUCGCUUGCAGAGCCGACUCCACCAGCUCCUUCAGGACUCCAGAAACCAGGCAGCAGGGAUCCUAACGAUGGGGAAGAGGACGGAGGAGAGGGCCGGAGAGCAGUUCAUGGAUUGGAUGGCUCAGUCAGGAACUAUCACAACGCUCCUGCCUGCCCUGAGCUAAAUACUUACAUAAAU